GGAAAAUUUGAAUAAGAACAAAAUAUUUCCUUCCACAAUUUCAAGCUUCCUUCUCUUUCGUCGUCUUCAAGAAAAAUCUCCUAUUGUUUCCCCCAAACCUCCCCAACCCCUAACCCUAAUUCUCAAAUUGACCGUGAAAUUAAUGGAGAUCGCCGUACUUUCCGACGCGAUAUCAUCGAUCGCCCACUCGACGCAGUCACUAGGCUUUUCGAAUCUCCUCAAUCGCCCGUACAACGUUCUUUCCCUCCCCGACACGUCACCGGAUCAAGCAUCGCAAUCGGCGCCGCCGUUCCAUAUAUCGGCUGCUUCUCCGCCGCCCACGCGAACGCUGACGAGGCGGCGGCUCCGGAGAUCCCGUCGCGUGAAGCGGAAAAUCGCCACUGAUGAUGGCGGUGAUUUCAGCGACGGGGAUGUAUAUUUUGUUUUUGGCGGUGACGGAGGGAAUUUCAAUAAUGGUGGUGAUGGAUAUUUUGGGAGAGGUGGUGGUGGGGGCAAGGGGUGGAAUUUUGGUGGCUAUGGAGGGGCUAACUGGGAAGAUUUUUCGAAUAAUUCGAUACAUGAUCCGGCGUUUGAUGUUGUUUACGAGGUUUUGUGUUGGAUCGCGAUGUCGAAUUGCUUGCAUUUCGCAUUGAAGAAGGUGGUGAAGUUUGUUGCCGAUGGGUUUGGUGAUCAGGAAAAGAUACCAAUGCGAUUGACUCCGGUCUGCUAGAUGAUUGAGAUGGAUCUGCAUUGCAUUACAUAAGUUUAGGUGGUUUAGUUUCCGUUAGCUUGGUAAUUGAUGUAAAUAAUGGUGUAUAUAUAUUCAUCUAUCGUGAACGGUUGCUGAAUCAUAAUUUGCUAUAUAUGCAAUUCGUACAUUGAUUUA